UGAGGAUGAGGUACACAGAUUGUAAAGAAGAAAACUGGGAACUAACAUUAGAGAAAUGUUUAGGAGAGAAAAGAAAAGCAUGUAAUAAAAGAAAUGGUAUAAAUGAAAGAUCACCAGGAGAUAAAUGUUAUAAAGCACCAGAAUGUUCAUCACAUUUCCAUCGUAAAAGCACAAUGUCAACAGUAAAGUUUGGUGAGAUCAUCAAACCACCUGACACAUUCAUUCCCUUGCUCAAGUCACCCUUGAAACCGAGAGGUACAGUGGCAAAGUUUCAGAGGUAGAGCACAGGACUCAGGAGAUGCUGAGGUGCAAAACAAGAGUUUCAGAGGUAGAGCACAGGACUCAGGAGAUGCUGAGGUGCAAAACAAGAGUUUCAGAGGUACAGCACAGGACUCAGGAGAUGCUGAGGUGCAAAACAAGAGUUUCAGAGGUACAGCACAGGAGUUCCAGAGGUAGGUACUGUAUAGAGAAAUUUUAUGGAAGAAGGUGAAUGAAUCGCGAUAGAAAACCCAGAGAGAAGCCAAAAUAAAAAAUACGAAAUGAAGACUUGAAGUAAACACAAACGUUACUUACAAAUUGACAAGUUGAACGAACAGUGAAUCAUUCAUUCCAUCCAAUAAGGGAAUAUUAAGACAAUGAUGUUUUCCUUUUCCAAGUCCAAUCUCAAAACACGAUCCAGUACCUGAAAUCAUCAUGUUCGAUAAAAUUAUAAGUGAAUAAAGUAUGUUUCACUAGAAUUAUGAGUAAAAUA